CCCUGCAGGCGUAGUGUGGGCGUGGGCUUGCUGACAGCAUCUGGAGGUGAAAACCGGGGAGGAUCGUCUGAAGCUGAGCAGACAGAGGAGACGCGCUCCGGUAAAGUUGUGUCCCGAUCGGAGUUCUUCUUUGCGCGUCGGAAAUACAGCGGAACGGAGCUGGAUCAUUAAACCUCGGUUCUGUGUGCAGAGGGAUCCAAACCGGGAGAAUUGAGAUCUUUUUCGGGGGAAGGAUUGCAGUCUGAAAGGUGGCGAACAAGCAGCCUUUCCUUCACUCAGACGUUAGUCUUCAGGCUGCUACUCUUUCAAUGUGGGAUACAGUUUUGCUCCAUUCGCCAGGCUGAAAUCUUCCAGGGUCAGGACCUCUGUCAUGGCAGCCCUACUCCUUGGGCUGCUGCUAUUUGCGAUGCAGUCGCCUCCACUCCCCUCCAGGUCGCUGGCGGACGGGGAGUCGUCUUUGCCCGUCACCUCCUUGCCACCUGCCGACAACGGCACCACCAGCCACCCCAACGGGACCCGCCAGCAGCUUCCUCAGAUCAUAAUUAUAGGUGUGAGGAAGGGGGGCACGCGGGCGCUGAUCGAGAUGCUCAGUUUGCACAGCACCGUGGUGGCAGCUCAGAAUGAAGUCCACUUUUUUGACUGGGAGAGCCACUUUCAGAAAGGCUUGUCCUGGUACCUCAGUCAGAUGCCUUACACCUUCCCCGAACAGCUGACGGUGGAAAAGACGCCAGCCUACUUCACUUCUUCCAAGGUUCCCAAACGCAUUUUUCAGAUGAACCCCAACAUGAAGCUGCUGCUCAUCCUCAGAGACCCCACGGAGCGGGUGCUCUCGGAUUACACCCAGGUCUUUUACAACCGCCUUCAGAAGCACAAGCGCUACCAGCCCAUUGAGUCGGUGCUGGUGAAGGACGGAGAAAUCAACCUGGGGUACAAGGCACUGAAUCGCAGCUUGUACUACACUCACAUGCAGAACUGGCUGCAGUACUUCCCCAUGGAGAGCAUCCACGUUGUGGACGGGGACAGACUAAUCAAGGACCCCUUACCUGAGAUGAAAAAAGUGGAAAGGUUCCUAAAGCUGGAGCCGCAGAUAAAUGCUUCAAAUUUUUACUUUAACAAAACAAAAGGAUUCUACUGUUUGAGAGAUCACGGGCGAGAACGCUGUUUGCACGAGUCGAAGGGCAGAGCGCACCCUCAUGUUGCUCCUGCCAUCUUGCAGAAACUCUACCAGUUCUUCCACCAACCAAACAAGAAGUUCUUUGAGCUGGUAGGAAGAACAUUUAACUGGAACUAAAUGAAUGAGCUUGUCUUGAAUUAGCUCACUAAUGAUAUACAUGAAGGGACAAAAUCUAAUGUAAAUUUAAACUAAAUUUAUUUUUGUACUAGUAUGUUUGUUACGGCGAGGCACUGGCUCAAUCUGCCCCACCAGCUCGUACCUUCAUUUUGUACCCAGGUGUUGCCAUUUUGUCGCUUUCUUCCAUUUUGAACCUCUAAACAAACCUGUAAACAGUUCAUAAACCAUGUGCUUUAUCUUUUGUUGUGGUUAAGCAUUUUCAUUAAUAAUGGAGAUAAUGAAAUUAAUUCAACUGUAUAUUAUUAUCGAUAAAAUUAGAUUUCCCAUUAUUUCCACUGCUUGCGGUUGUAAACUCCUACAAAGACCUGACAAACACGAUGAAAAUAAAAAUCAAAAUAACUGAGCAAAGACCUGCUAGUAUAUAUUACUUAUUUGAGUGAUGAAACUAUAUUGUCUUACAAUAAACUAUGAUUGUAAUAUAAAAGCAGGUUCAAAAUGACCCCUGGAUGUGUAAAUUGAUGCGAGUUUGAUAUAAAAUGUAUUGCAUUAGAUGGCUCCAUUUUGAAAGACAAAUCAGGUACAAAACGGCCAAAACUGCAAUGGUUCCAAAUGGCGACUGGGCGAAAUGACCAACAUCGUGUUGGGGUGUGAGUGAGCUGAAUAUCAGGGCGGACUGCUGGGUUUCUUUUCCAAACACACAUUUCACUAACACCCUGUGCUGUCAGGAAUGUGCAUCAGCAUCCAGCUUGGCUCAUAUCACCCGACACAUUUGACAUGGUGCCAGUAAACGCUAUAUAAAGAUAUGCACUGAGCAGGUUUUUUAUUAUUAGACCUGCUUAUUUCACUUUAUAUGAUACAUUAUUAAGCUCUAACUGCAUUUAAAGCUCUGAAGGAAUUUAUUGCUGCUACGAGUUUUUUAGGAACACACUGAACAUGCAUUUGUUCCCUUUGUGGUCUUUUCCUCAAUUUUUUUUGCAAGAGCCAUUCAUGUAAAUGUACAACCCAGAUAUUUGCUGAUCAGUAACUCAACUGUAAAUAUUUUUCUAAAACUGAUAAGUUAAUACCAUAAUAAAGAUGUAUUUUAUUUUUA